UGCUCGUCCAACGAGGGAGUGCCACCGCCGCUUCCGACGACGUCCAUCGGUUGCAACAAGCAGGCAGGACAAGACACCAAGGAUUGGUCGAAUGACCCCUAUGAUGGCAACGGGGGAUGUCGUCAACAACACCGUGGGUCUUGACCUGUCGAACGAUGUCACCGGCCUUGGCACAUCUGGCCGAAGUCGGUUGCAUGUGUUUGCUCGAAAGGCACGAAAACACGCAGUCAAACCAGCCCAAGGAGGAGGCCCUUGUCUCCUCAAGACCAAAGUCAAGGACUCGAGUGUCCAAUCAGCCACAAAGAUGGCAACGGGCUUUUCGUCCGCCAGCAACCCCAACGCUAUAACGAAGCAACUCCGCCGCGCCAAAGCAGCUCGUCGUGCCUCCCACGAUGCCGCACUGGCCGCUUUCCAGCAGGACAUGGCAAGUUGGAGUAAAUUUCAUGCGAUACAGACCCUGUCCAUCCACGUCGGCGUCGCAUGGUCCCAAGGCACACGCGACUACAUGGAAGACAAGCAUGUGGUGACCCAUCACCUGUUUCCGACUUGCGCGUUGGUCGCGAUCUUUGACGGCCACAACGGCGCAUGGGCGGCGGAGUUUGCUGCGGCCCAUAUAAGUCCGCUCUUGGCGUCCAAUGAGCACCUGCAACAACUCGCACAUCAACAAAAUCCCCUCGAACCCCCAGAUAUUGUCGCCAUUUACGCGAUUCUGCAAGCCGCGUUCCUGGCCUUGGACGAUGAUAUUCUGGCAUAUACGAUUGAACACGAUCGACGAGACGGCGCCACGGCGGUGGUGGUGCUCGUGAUGAACAGCAUGGUGUUUGUGGCCAACGUGGGCGACUCCCGUGCAAUUCUCGUCCGUGUUGCUUGUCAUCAGGAUCCGUCGACCAACUUGCUUAGCCACGACGUCGAACGGCUAUCAGUAGACCAUAAACCGAACCUUCCUGCUGAAAAGGCACGCGUUCUGGCAGCAGGUGGCGACGUACGAACGUGUGUAUGACUGGUUAGUCGGCUAAGAAUGUACUUUUAGGUGGUGUUUUCUGGCUGCUGGCGGGUCACGCAUCCGAAAGCCAGUGUGCGGCUGGCUGUGACUCGGUCGCUAGGAGACCACCCCCUCAAAGGUACAUCAGCCAAGGACAAAACGCCCGCGCUGGUCUCUGCUGUGCCCUCGAUUCGGCACUUUACAAGAAGGCAUGGUGACAUUGUCGUGGUUGCUAGCGAUGGCUUGUGGGACCGCGUGACCGAUGAAGAGGCCAUGCAACAAGUGGUGGACAAUGAGAAUAUAUCUGGACAUUGUGAGGAACGGACCGCCGCCGCCCUGGUGGAGAUGGCACUCGUCCGUCGAACCUGCGACAACGUGACCGUGGCAGUGUUGACACUGUAGCGACGACCAUAUUAUAAUCAUAUAUUCAACCUGGG